CUAUCUUUCAGACAAGACAAGCUUAAAUCAUUGCAUUAGAUAGAACAAAUGUAUCUGUCCAGGAAAUAGUUUUACAUUUCACGCUUAUAUUGGGGUUAAUAUUGAAACUGUCAAUACGUUGUAGUAGCACUGAAACAUUGCUAUAACAUAUGGUGAAUACAGGUGAAAUCCAGUUUUAUUAACUUCCUAUUUUGCUUUUUUUAGAAUACUACGUGUGAGUAGGGGGCUGUUUUGUUUUUGAACUUCCUCUUUGAGCUCUGGCUAGAAGAAUCUGUCGCGAAUCAUCUAGUAUUUUGUUAAAUAACUAUAAAGGAGUGAAGCAGCCAAACAAGAUUUCUAUUUGAUCAGCUGGGAUUCAGAAUCAAAAAUGGAUGGGACUUCUCUAUCUUCCUCGCAUUCAUCAUCCUCUGAACAGGAGCCCCAGUCAGAUGACAACAGCACUCUUCAAGGUGCACAGGAGCACAGUGAUGUACAACAUACUGUAACAAGGGAUGCGGAUGAGAACUCACAAGGGGACAGGCUCCUGUCUGAGGAAGAGCAGGUGACCCUGAUCACAGAGAGCAUGUCCAUCACUUCAGCCGAUGAGGAGAAGCUCCUGCUAUUGAACAGGAACACAGAGCUACGCAGACUCAACAAGGAGCUGAUGAAACUGAACGAGGACUGGGACCAUAUCUACCGUAGCACCACCGUCAGUCUGGAGCAACGACUGGUGGCCACGGAAGAGGAGAGCACCACUCUCAAGCAGAUUAACCACCGACUGCUUCUCAAAGUAGAACAUGAGCAGAGUAAGAGAGAGUACUAUGAGCAGACCCUGCUGCAGGAGCUAAAGAAGAACCAGCACCUGCAGGAGUACGUCCGACUUCUGGAGGCUCGUCUGCACCACACAAGCACUGACAGGGACUGGCCAGUAGGGGCGCUUAAUGGACUGGAGGUUGCUCGGCCCCCAGAGGUGGCCGUUGUAUCUGAGCCCCCCCGCGGGCAGUGCCAGGGGGCCAUUUGUUGCCCUCCUCUGCUGGGAAUGCCCCCGGCCGUUUCCACCAGGAAGAGUCGGACCCAGACAAACAGGAGUGAGCCUUGCAGGGCGAGUGAUGUGGACGGGGUAACUGUAAAAGAGGUGCAGGAAAUGAAAGAACAGCUAGAGGCACUGCGAUGCCAGACGCGGAUCUACGAGGCCGACUACAAGACCGAGCACAAGGACCGGCAGCGCAUGGUACUGGAGAAUAAGAAACUGCGCAGGAAGGAGGGCGAGAUGCGCCAGCAGAUGGCGCUGUUGCAGGAGCAGCUGAAGGUGUACGAGGAUGACUUCCGGAAGGAGCGAUCCGACAAGCAGGUGCUGCAGCGCCUCCUGAUGAAGAAGGCCCCGCACAACGACCCCAUACUCAUCCACCGCUGUAACAAUGACCACGACCGGCCAGCAGGGGGCGAGGGGGAGCUGCAGAAAGAGAGGGAGAAAGGGGGGGACAAGGCCCGACCGCCCUCCGGCAAGCACUGUGACCGACUCGUACGCAAGACGGAGUGUCCCCACCACCCGUAUGUCCAGCGGCAUGCGGACUACAGCUAGCCUCCCGCACACGUGCAUCACCAUUCACAGGCAUGCAACAGACAUGCAUGCGCCAUGCAAUUCUCACACACACAAAGAAAGGCAUGUAUUCAAGCUUAAUGUAUGUUUACAUUUUGUAAAUGCAAAUAAAACAAAUACACAAUUUUUAAACAGGAACCAAAUGAGAGGUCAAUAAAUUAGCAUUUAGUGAAGUUUUAGUUUCUUUUUUGUAACCCUGUCAGAUUGCAAAGAAGCAUCCACAAUGGUAUUUGCAUGUGCUCUGUAUUAACGGCUCUUAAUGGCAGCUUUUGUUACUUGUGUCUGCACCUUUUCACUGAAAGAGUGUCAGUGAACACUUGUAGUGCACAUUCUCUUUGAGCCUGAGCCAGGGAUUGCAUGCUGGCAGCGAUUCAUUCUUCAGUAAUUAUCCAUUAACUUAAUUGAACCUCUCCUUUUAGAGUGAGCUGGCGUCGUGCAGACGCAGGAAGGAGAUAAUAUUUUACAGUCAGUGUGAGAAUAUUUCCCUGAGAAAAUAGACCCAUCUGUCAGUUUUCAGUCAGGUGGCAUAACAACAAAAUCUCAUUUUACAGAGGUUUCACAGGAAUUUUAUAGUAAUGGUAAACAGUGCUUAUCACAAAUGCUUAACUGUAACAUGUUCUCAGAAUGAAGCUGCCUUCUACCAGCAAGUCUUCCAAUGGGCUUAUUUGUAAACUUUUAAUAAUGUACAAUUUAAUUUUGUAACCUUUUUUUUUGUAGAAAGUCUUGUUCAUGAAAAUAAGAUGUGAUUCACAUGCAGAAUGUAUUGUUGUUGUUAUUAUAAUUAUUGUUAUUAUUAUUAUUCAUCUUAUUAUUAUUAUUAUUAUUAUUAUCCAUCCAUCCAUCCAUUAUCUUAACCCGCUUAUCCUGAACAGGGUUGCAGGGGGGCUGGAGCCUAUCCCAGCAUACAUUGGGCAAAAGGCAGGAAUACACCCUGGACAGGUCGCCAGUCCAUCGCAGGGCACACACACUAUUCACUCACACACUCAUACUCACAGGCAAUUUGCUACCCACUACACCAUCCGUGCCGCCAUUAUCAUUAUAUUCUAUUGUUGUAAGGUAUUAUACAUUAUUAUUGUGCCGUUUUUAAAGUUUUCUAUUCACUAUGUGAUAUUAUUAUUGUAUUAGUGUUUUGGUUGCUGCAUAUUUGGUCUUGUUAGCAUAGUUCACUUGACCUGUCUUUGAAAAGCAUAUAGUAGUAUUUAAUUCCUAGUUUUCUGUCUCCAGUUGCUUGGUCUUUGUCUAUCAUAUUCCUCUAGACCAGUGUUUCUAGUCAUAUUUCUCCCUCUCAUGUAGUUGCAUGUUUUGUUUGUCUGAGUACUUGUCGAAAUUUUGCUGAAAAACCCUGUCCUCUGUGUUCUCGCCUACUGUUCACUUGCCGCUGUGACAUGUUGUCAGUGAUUCAUUAACUGGACAUGGUUGCCCUGGAAACAGCUAGCAUACGUUUUCUUGUCUUGCCACAAAAUGGCCUCGAAACCUCCAAUCAUCUGUCAGGUGAUGUCAAACAAGAUGCUUUAAUUAACAGAUUACACAUUAUAUAUUCUGCAUGCCUGUAUGCAGGGGGGAGGGGUUUUUAUAUUCCUAUAAAGUUCUAUUUUCAGAUGAUCCCAAAGAUCACAUCAUAAAUAUCUUCUUGCAGAAUCACUCAGGUAGGGAGGGCGUUCCACACCUUAUCUCACGGCAGCGAUCAAACUAUCACUAUGCAGCUUGGCUAUUGGACUGUAGUGUGAAAUUAAGUGGCCCAUGUGCUGGUCUGCACUGUUUUAUUCAGUCUUUUCAAGGGUCAUCUUAGAAUUGAGACAUUAGUUAUUAUAAAACCUAAUUUCAAACUGUAUUGACGAUGCCUUAUGUUUCACUGUUGUACUAGCUUACAUAAGUGACAUCAUUCGCCUCAUCCUAAUUAAAAUGUUUUAUUUGGCAAUGCCACUAGGUGUAAGUAGAGAUUCGCAGAUAUUAAGAUAAACCCUUGCCAGCAACGUUUUAUUGACUUUUGCACUGUGUAUGGAUCCAUAACAGAAAAAUAGUGGCCUUACAACUUUUACUGUCUUUUGAUUCUUGUAUUGUUUUCCCAGGAGGCCUGCGAUCAUUGUUCUGGAGUGCUUUGUAUUGUGUUUUGCUAAACUAAUUUGAUGCAUGCGUUGGACAUUAAACAGUUUAAUGCUGAGAGCCUUGUGCUUAUGGUAUCCAGCAUUCUUUAACUCA